GAGGGAUAUUUGCUCGUUUUCUCCCAAAAUGAUAGAAUUUCUUCGUAUAACGAAAGAGCCAGCCGCCCGGUUAGAUUCUGUAAGAUUAUGAAAAAGAGUUGCUCGUAUCAUUCUUGGGAAGACAGCUGCAAUAGUGCAAUGGAAGGGGGAGAAGUAAAAGAUGACUGCCCUGAGUAAAAAAGAUACAAUAGCAUUUGGGAGAAUGCUUUCUUACAGUAUUACAGUAAUGGUGUUUUCCUGCUUUUCUUUUUUCUCAUAUUGAUUACAAGAAUUUCCUCACAUUUGACCACUCCACUCCAUCGUUGGAGGGCAGAAAAAUCUACUGCGAUAUUUAUAUCUCCGACAGAGGUGGCAUUUUUUCGGUUUCAGCCGAAACGCCAUCUAAGAGUCUCAUUUCAGUCAAAGUCUGUCAGCUGUUACGGGAGAUUUCAACCACGUGGGGAAGUUAGCGGCGGUUGCUCUCCAGAUCUGUGACGAUUCAGUUAGGCGUUUAAAGGUGGAUGCUGCUCUGCCCAAUUACUGGAGUAAUUAGGGUUUCACUUUCUAUUUUUAUCAAUUACAAGGUGGUGUGAGGGCCGGACGGCGCCAAGCUCCUCUUCGCAGACGCCGCUGACUGUGGAGGUAUUGGUAAUGACCGGAGGCUCUGAGAGUGGAAAGUGGACCUUACUAGCCCCUUUUCGAACCAAAGAUUGCAUCUUUAAACAGAGGUGCGCUAUUUCGGGAUUAGGAAUGGAAUGGGAAACCUCAAGUUCACUCAUUUACAGUUCUCUUAUGCGGAAAAUCCAGACUUGGAUGUAAAACAGCCCAAACAUGCAAGUUAAAGCUCCUAAUGCAGAUGUGCUCAGGGUUAGUGUUUCUAGUGCCCCUAGCACUUCAAGCCACGGUUCAGCUCCUGAUGAUUAUUAUGAUGCUUCAGGUGAUGUGUAUAUAUGGGGUGAGGUAAUAUGUGAUAACACCAUCAAAGUUGGUCCUGAAAAGAAUUCUAUCACUCUGAACACCAACCGAACUGACGUUCUUCUACCAAGGCCUUUAGAGUCUCACAUUGUGUUGGAUGUAAGUCGCAUAGCCUGUGGGGUCAGGCAUGCUGCCCUUGUGACUAGACACGGCGAAGUUUUCACAUGGGGUGAAGAAUCUGGUGGGCGGCUUGGCCAUGGUGUCGGUAAAGAUGCUACUCAUCCCCACCUUGUUGAAUCUUUAUCUUUCCACGGCAUUGAAUUUGUUGCUUGUGGUGAAUUCCACACAUGUGCUGUUACGAUGGAUGGUGAACUCUACACAUGGGGAGAUGGAACACACAAUGCCGGACUUUUAGGUCAUGGAUCAAAUGUUAGUCACUGGAUACCAAAGAGGAUCUCAGGUCCUCUUGAGGGGGUUCGAGUUUCAACGAUAGCUUGUGGGCCAUGGCAUUCAGCCUUGAUCACGUCAACAGGGCGCCUCUUCACGUUUGGUGAUGGAACAUUUGGUGUUUUAGGACAUGGAGAUAGAGAGACCGUUCUGUUUCCAAGAGAGGUUUCUUCUCUCUCUGGAUUAAGAACAGUUUCUGUUGCAUGUGGUGUUUGGCACACUGCUGCUGUUGUGGAGGUCAUUGUUACUCAAUCUAGUGCAAGUUUAUCAUCUGGAAAAUUGUUUACUUGGGGUGAUGGAGAUAAAAACCGGCUGGGGCAUGGUGACAAAGAGCCCCGUUUGGAACCUACUUGUGUGCCCGCCCUUAUCGAUCAUAAUUUCCACAAAAUUGCUUGUGGACAUUGCUUGACUGUCAGCUUGACCACUUCCGGCCGUGUUUUCACCAUGGGAAGCACCGUGUAUGGUCAACUUGGAAAUCCUAAUUCGGAUGGAAAGUUGCCAUGCUUAGUUGGGGACAAACUUGCUGAUGAGGAAAGUGUUGUUGAAGAUAUUGCAUGCGGUUCAUAUCACGUCGCAGUUUUAACAUCCAGAAACGAGGUUUACACUUGGGGUAAAGGAGCCAAUGGAAGGUUAGGCCAUGGAGACGUAGAAGAUCGAAAAUCACCCACUUUAGUUGAGGUUUUGAAGGAUAGGGUUGUAAAGUAUGUUGCUUGUGGUUCAAGUUACACCGCAGCUAUAUGUCUUCACAAGUGGAUCUCUGUGGCUGAGCAAUCUCAAUGCUCUUCUUGUAGGCAGGCUUUUGGGUUCACAAGAAAGAGACAUAAUUGCUACAAUUGCGGGCUUUUGUAUUGCCAUGCCUGCAGUUCAAGAAAGGCACUAAGGGCUGGUUUGGCCCCUAAUCCGAGAAAACCGUACCGUGUCUGUGAUUCCUGUUUUGCCAAAUUGAGUAUGGUGGUCAGUACUGGGAGAGGUGAGGGACCACGCCUCUCGGGCGGUGAGAACAAGGACAGAUUGGAUAAGGAUGAGUUACGGUUAGCCAAAUCAGUGGUGCCUUCAAAUCUCGAGCUGAUAAAGCAAUUGGAUUACAAAGCAGCCAAACAAGGAAAGAAAACUGACAGAUUCUCAUUAGGUCCCACUUUUCCAAAACCAGCUUUGACAGCAUUGACUGGUGUUUCUAGAAGCGUGUCGCCAUUCUCGCGGAAAUCCAGUCCCCCACGUUCAGCAACACCUUUACCCUCAACCUCUGGGCUGUUGUUCUCCAAAAGCAUGGUGGACAGUUUGAAGAGGAACAAUGAAGCGCUAAAUCAAGAAAUUCACAAGUUGCAUGCUCAGGUGGAGACUCUCCGGAAACAAUGUGAACUCCAAGAAUUGAAUCUUCAAAAAUCAACUAAAGAAGCUCAGGAAGCAUUGCUUCUGGCUGCAGAGGAAUCUGCUAAGUCUAAAGCUGCAAAAGAAGUGAUUAUAUCACUUACUGCACAGCUCAAAGACAUGGCUGAGAGAUUGCCACCUGGGACUUACACCACCGAGACUUUCAAGCUCGCUUACCCACCUAAUGGAUUGGAGUCAAAUGGUCUUCUCCACUUCAAUGAUACAAAUGUGGAUCCAAAUGGAGUUGUGACCUCCAACAGGCCAGAUGAUCAGUCCAUCCCCGAAUUCCCCAAAGGAAGUGGGGUGCCCACAUUUAGAAACUUUGUCUCUGAACCUGAUGCUGGUAACAAGGACACCUCUCCAUUACAGGAGGAUACCAAAAAUGGUACAAGAUCUAGAGGAGGUUCCAUUCCUCUUGCCAACGAUGACCAAAUUGAGGCUGAGUGGAUUGAACAAUAUGAGCCUGGUGUUUAUAUAACGCUAGUGGCUCUUCGAGAUGGCUCCAGAGAUCUUAAACGAGUGCGCUUCAGUCGAAGAAGAUUUGGAGAGCACCAAGCAGAGAGUUGGUGGUCAGAGAACCGUGACAAUGUUUAUGAUAAAUAUAAUAUCAGAGGAUCAGCCAUGCCCACCGUCUCUGGCAAAGCUAGUUGCAGGUCAGAAGGGCAUAUUUCUCCUUCAUCCCAAAGAUAGGAAUGUUUAAUGGAGAUUUUUCCCAUCUGAAUGCUUGCUUGGGUUUUGUUCAUCUUUGUAUGCUAUGUAUGUUCCAAUGGCACAGCCAAAAGCUCCUUUCUCACCUUUUCCCUUUCCCCAAUUUGUUCUUUCAGGUAUUUAUUUUUAGAGCGUUUAGCAUUUUUCUUGCCCGUUGCAUUUCACUGUAUAUAUGUUACUGGUUGUACUUUGGUUUUAUCCAUGAAACCAAAGCAGGUUCAGUGGCUAAUUGGCUAUUUGCCUAUGAUUGGGACAGCUGGUGGGAACUUUAUAAGUUAAUGUGCAUUUUUUAACUACUACUACCGUACUACGUACAAUUUUUAGGCUACGUGCUU